AUGGUUAUCGCUUCCAUCAAUCUAGCCAUCAUAUUCAAUUGGAUCGCCACGCUUUCCAUUGUUUGUUAUCCAACACCGCUUGUAAGACGACACGCAAGAAAUUACGUGUUGGAAAAUUACGGGCUGGAUGUUGCACCGAAAGCAUUUGUUGGAUUGUCAAUGGAGUUAACAACAACACCAAAAUUUGUACUUCUUGUUGAGUCCUUCUUACUUGUAUUGACACUUGGUGCAAUUGGAGCGCUCUGUGCUUGGAAGAUUGACCGCUGCUUGAGAGUGAAUGCAAUGAGUCCCCAAACAAAGAAGAUUCACCGACACAUGCUCAUGAUGCUCAUUUUACAGACUCUGUGUCCGGCACUGCUGCUCAACGGCCCCAUUUGUGCAAUUUAUCUGCUUCUUUUCACCGGGGCCAAUAGCCCAAAUGUCCUAAGCUACAUGAUGGGGUUUCUAAUGUCAUCGUUUACGAUAUUUUCCCCGGUUAUUGUUGUUGCGUUCAUGAGGGACUAUAGAAACUACAUACUUAUUACACUACGCCUCAGAAAACCUUGUCAGAUCACGAAAGCGACUGCUAGCGAUCGCUCUGCUCGAUGA